UUGGCAUAUCUCUCCUGAGUAAAAAAAACAGAGGCAUCACCAAACAAAAUGACAGCAUGCUGACUAAAAUUAUUUUGGUGAUUUCUGCAUAAAAAUGCGUGGGGCAGAGAAAUGUCGACUCUUUUCCAGACAGUUUUUACCGAGAGCGGAAACGAACUCGCAUACGUCUCAAGGGACCUGUUUUCCUCUAUGCUAAUUUGCGCGCGUGAGUCCUGGCAAGGCUUUGGCCUGUGGCCUCGCAGAUGUAGCAUCAGAUGGCUGAAGCAAGUGGCCCGGAAGGAGCAAUGUGGGCAGCUGUAUGGAAACCAUGCCAUGGAGCAGUGCACACCACUCGACUGAUCUGAACACGCCAUGCUGUUCUUGAGAGUCUUCGAGAAUUAUUAAGAUGUAGACGGAGGCGUAUGUGAUCAAGGGCAGGGUUGGACCUUGAGGA